CACGUUGAAAGUUCGAUUCGCUGCUGACUCGAGCUUGCGCCUACGACGACUAAAAAACCCUCCCGGGCGAUGGAGGCGGGCGAGAAAGAUUUCGCGGAGCGCCUCACGCGGUAUUCCAGCUCUAGGUAGUGUAGCUCUCGUGUCGGUGCGCCAGCGCUUUGCCCUUGGCGCGGCGAGGAUCGAGAGGAUCAAGAAGGAUCGAGGGAGAGAGCGGCGAUGGAUUCUACCAAAAUUGAGGGCUGGCUCUAUGUAAUCCAACCUCACAGGCUCAGGAUCCGCUUCCCCAGGAAGCGCUACUUCGUUCUCGAGGGCCGCCAGGCUACUUGUUACAAAUCCAAGCCCAUCCACGAUGGCGAGAAGCAAUCUUUGAAAAAGGGCGUUAUUCAGCCAUACACUAAAGUCGUUGACAAUGGAAGGGAGAAUAUCCAUGGCCAGGUUUUGCAUACCUUCACUCUCUCCGAUCCAAGCUUUGAUCAACAACAAAUGAAGCUCGCGGCACGGACUGCUGAAGAAGCAGCAAAAUGGAUGUCCGCUUUUAGGGACGCUGCAAGUAGCCAAGCUCCCCUCAGGCAAAACUUGGCAGUUCCGAAAAGAAAGCCAUAUUUUAGAUUUUUUGAACGAGGGCGAGAGGGAGGCCAAGAAGUUCCUGAUUGGACUGGCUUUUGGACUUCCAUGAGGGAGCAAGGAGACGUCAUUGCAGAAUCGCCUUGGAAAAUUCUUGGCUGUAAGAAUGGCCUGAGGUUAUUCCGGGAGUCUUCGAAAUCAAAGGGGAGAUUUACAAGUAAGUUUGCAGAUGACCAUCCCGCGAUUAUGGCUGUUGGAGUUGUAAAAGCACCUUGUGAGUCCGUUUUCGAUACCGUUAUGGCGUUGGGAGAUUCACGCGCAGAGUGGGAUUUUUGCUACUCAACGGGACGAAUUGUGGAGCGCAUAGAUGGUCAUACAGAUAUCGUUCACAAGCAGCUGCGUAGAAAAUGGCUCCCCGGACACAUGCGCGGGCGAGAUUUGUUAUUUCAUAGAUAUUGGCGCCGUGAAUAUGAUGGUUCAUAUGUAAUUUUGUAUCGUUCAGUGAGCCGCAAGGACUGCCCUACACGAUCAGGAACAGUGCGGGCCAAAUUAAAAAGUGGCGGCUAUGUAAUAUCCCCUCUGACCGGUGAAGGAGAGCAACCUGCACGGUCACUUGUCAGGCACAUGUUGGAAAUUGAUUGGAACACCUGGAAAUCUCACUUCAAACCUUCUCGUGUUCAGAAAAUCACGCUUCGCAUGCUCGAGAGGAUUGCUGGUUUGAGGGAACUGUAUAAAGCGAAAGUAAUUGAGCCGACGUGGGUGGAUGCCUCUCGGGAAUUCGACGAUCAAGCAGCCAAGGAAGAAAAGGAAGAAAAUGAAGAACGAGCGAUCGUCGUCAGCGAUCAGGAACCAAAGAGUGCUCAUAUCGACGAGCAAGAGUCAUUCCUCCGGGUGAACGACACGGACGAGUUUUUUGACGCUCCGGACGACUCCGAUCAGGAAGAUUUGCCCGAUGACAUGCUGCGUUCCGUAAGUGAGACCGAAGGCACCGAAGAAUUUGAGCCUGAGACUAAAUCGCUUCCCAAGUUUUCAAAGACCGCAAGUUUUGUCAAGCGCAUACAUGCCCUUGCAGCAGCAGCUCACAAAAAGGGAGCUCAACCUCAAACAGAGUUCUCCUCGCGAGACGCCGAAUUACUAGAUCGCGAAGGCACACUUCCAAAGUCGUCCUUUUACUGCAGCUGGAGUGCGGCUGAUCCGUCCACUUUCCUGAUUCGUGGAAAGAAUUAUUUACGGGAUAAUAAGAAGGUAAAGGCCAAGGAAACGCUAAUGCAGCUGGUUGCAGUCGACUGGUUUACAUCCAACCAACGGGAAGACCACAUUGCCUCUCGGGAAAAUACCUUUAUGCAGAAGCCUAAAGUUCGAAAGCUUGGCAGGUCGUUUUUCUUCAUUGUUAAUCUUCAGGUCCCGGGCUCCCCGACGUACUCCCUGGUCUUUUACUACAUGCUGAAACAGUCGCUCGAUCAGAUUCCCUUGCUGGAAAAGUUUGUGAACGGAGGUGACAGAUUCCGUAGCUCAACUUUUAAGCUCAUCCCUCACGUAGCAGAGGGCUCUUGGAUUGUCAAGCAGAGCGUUGGAAAAACCGCCUGUCUCAUUGGAGAGGCGUUAGAUCUACACUACUUUCAUGGGAAAAACUACCUAGAGCUGGACGUGGAUGUGGGUGCUUCAUCUGUCGCUCGGGGUGUAGUGAGCCUGGUGUUUGGUUACAUGAGCAAGCUGGUUGUGGAGAUGGCCUUUUUGAUACAGGCGAACACCGAAGAGGAUCUUCCAGAGAUGCUACUUGGUACAUGUCGUGUUUCGUCGCUGGAUGUGUCCAAGGCCGUGCAGCUGAAUCCAUCAGCGUGACUCCAAGAAUUUGGCUUUAAAAAACUCGUCCUGUGCGCAGGGGAGAGAGGCCCCCUUAGAAACUUCUGAGGGUUACAGUCGCUAGUACCUUGCUUGCACUAAUAACUCAUGAAGGUCAUCUGACCAGUGGACGUCCUGGUUCCAAUAUGUUUAAGAGCUGGGCUGCCAGUAAAGAUUCUCCACGCUCGACUUUUUGUGUUGCUGCUGUAAAAACUGAAUAAAAAAGUGAGUGUCUUGGCGCACCUUGUUAUAUGCC